AUGACGGUCAGCGUUAGGCUGAUGAAGAUUAAGUUGGUCAUAGGGUGUUCACUGCUGCAUGUGUGUAGUAUGUAUGUGACGCAGGUGGGCUUGGAAGAGGAGGUGAAAGCAAGAUUUUGGAAGGAUUUGGACGAGGUGGUGAGAAGCGAGCCUAGCUCGGAGAAGAUUAUUAUAGCAGUGGACUUCAAUGGCUAUAUUGGGGUAUUUCUGGGAGGCUACGACGAUGUGCAUGGAGGUUUUAUUUUCAGUGAUAGGAAUGAUGAGGGAGCUGCUAUGUUGGAUUUUGCGAGGGAUUUUGGGCUGGCGGUAGUGAAUUUGAGUUUUUUGAAGAAGGAGGAUCAACUGAUUACUUUCUGA